CGCAAAGGCCGUGGCACGCUGUUAGCAACGCGCCGCUUUUCCUCUUGGCACAAAGCCCUCAUUUUUCAUUUCGCCGCUCACCAACGAUGCGUCUCUUCUCGCUUCUCGCGCUGGCGGCGGCCGUCGCGGCCGUCUGCCCCGACCCGGAGCUCAAGUCGCAGUCGCCGAUCGACUUUCCCAAGCUGGACGCGACGCGCAACGUGAAGAACGUGACCAUGUCGUUCACCAAUGCUGCCGACGGCGUCAUGGCCAACGAAGGCGAGACCAUCAAGGUGUUUUGGGACGGCGGCAAGGAAGCGUCAUUUGCACUCAACGCCAAGCCGUACAAGACGGCGCAAUUCCACUUCCACGCGCCCAGUGAGCACACGGUGCGCGGGUACCAGUACCCGUUCGAGAUGCACAUGGUGCAUCAAGCGGCCGACAAGUCGCUCGCGGUCAUUGGUGUCCUCUUCAAGAUUGACAACAAGGCGCCCGAGAACGCGUUUUUGAAGAGUCUUUGGCCGUCGAUCAAGGACCUUGGGGACGUGGGGUCGAACGUGACGGUCAAGAACGUCAACGCAGCGCCGCUCCGGCUCUCGUCGACCUCGAGCGUGUACCGGUACUCGGGGUCGCUCACGACGCCGCCGUACACGGAGGGUGUCGAGUGGGCGGUGGUCAAGACCGUGCAAACAAUGACGCAAGCGCAGUUUGACACGUACAAGCACAAGAUUCACGAAGACAGCGCGCGCCCGGUCCAGCCGCUCUACGGCCGCAAAAUCACGCUCUUGGAGUCGCCUUAAACCUAAUAUGUACGAUUUUGAUUCCCUA